AUGAACAUCAAAGACUUUAAGAAACUAAAACGUCAAGCUGCUGGCCAUGAAGGACCAUUAACGGAUCCCAAUGAGAUGCUUCUGUUCAAACCUUCCACGAAACAAGAAAUAAAGUUUUAUGAACACUUGGCCACCAGACAUGCAAUAGACAACACGGAUGACAUUCCAUUACAGGACUGGACACCUACAUUCUUAGGUAUAUUGCAAGAGAAUAAAGAACAGAACAAAGACUUUGACCAAGAAAGAGUAAUAGAGAGACUGAACGCGUGUUCCCCCACAAGUCUAACUAGUAAGUCACAAACCGAUGGAAAUGUUUACUUAGUUAUGGAAAAUCUAUUGCACGGAUAUGUACGACCAAACGUAUUGGAUAUCAAGUUAGGACAUGUUCUGUGGGAUGAUGCAGCAAGUGAAGAGAAAAGAAUAAGAUUAGAUGAAGUAAGUAAGACAUCAACUUCUGGGACUUUAGGGUUUAGAAUAUGUGGUAUGAAUAUCUUAAAAAACACAAAUGUCCAAGAACUACACUCGAAGUAUUAUGAACCGGAAGAUGAUGGGUAUAUUUUUGUCAAUAAAUAUUACGGUCGUGAGUUGACAGCUUCGAAUGUAACGGACGCAUUUGAUUUGUACUUUGGCGAUAAUAAUCUUUCACUCCAAAAUCGUAAUGAUUUGAUUCACAUGUUUUCAAAAAGGCUUCAGCUUUUCUAUAAUACGCUAUUGAAUGAAGAGGUUCGCAUGAUAUCAAGUAGCCUUCUAUUCAUAUAUGAAUGCGAUACUACUCGGUGGAUCAACUUCUCUCAGGAACAAGAAUUAAUACCGUCCCAUGUAUCAUAUGAUUCGGAUGAGGAAGGGUCCAUUAAAGAUGGACAGUCAAAGGAGAGCAUAUCAGGAAAGACAGAAUUGAGUCGCAUGUCGAUAAUAGAUUUUGCACAUACCAAAUUUACCCCAGGAUUAGGAAUAGAUGACAAUGUACUUGACGGGGUUGAAAGUCUUAUAGACAUUUUUGAAAGAUUAAAAACUAAAUAUACAAUCUAG